ACUGCGAAGCCAGGUCCCAUUUGUUUGGUGUUCCUUCUGUAGCGUGUGUGUGAUAUUUGGCGGUGAGCGUAAACCCUCAUGAAUGCCCGUGUAACGGGCCGACCGUUGAAAUAUUGUUUCGUCGAUGACCAUCGGCAACAAGCGCCGACGCCGUUACACGCCCUGGCGUGGCGCAAGCGACGCCUCGCGCGGUGAAUGAGGAGAACCGGCUUCUCUCGCAAACAUAGCCGCCACCGACCGCCGCUCUCCUAACAUGGCCGACAUGACGGAUAACCGGGCAGCGCUCUGGGACACGGCAACACUGCCGGUCGGCCUCUGAAACGUCAUUUCUCGACCGUCUACGCGUGGAAAGUGUGCGGGUGAAGUAAUCGGCAACUGAAACGAAGACAGGAUGGAGCCGGCUACAAACGGUUGUAAAGAUGGCCCGACUCCACUUCUGGUGCAGAAUCAUUCUGAAGGAACACCACAGCAGGAAAAGAAGUCACCUGAAAAGCAUGGCACAAAGGCUGCGGUAAACCAGGAUGCACCCGCCGUUGCUUCGAGAGCAGCUCGUCACGCUAAUGCAAACAGCAAAGCAUCCUCAAAAAGCGGCACGGCAUCUGCUGCAGCAUCUGCGGGAAACAAGGCUGCAUCGGCUGCGGCACCGGCUGCUGUGGGAAACUCCGAGGCCACCACGCCUUCAGCAGGAAGUCGCCGAACCUCGCGCAACUGCGCCCCUGGUCCCACCAGCGGUGCCUCCGCCACCGCCGGGCGGGCGCCAGCGAAGCCACCGCCUCGCGAAACCUCUGGCAGGCGAGGGGCUUCAGCCACAGCCGCUGCUCCCAGCACAGUGGAGAGUGCAGCACCCACCAGCAGCUCUCCGCCAGCGGCGACAAAGGAAGCUGACACCACGCCGCCACCUCGGAGAGCCCGCAAACGCGAAAGUCCGCGGUCGCCAGGCUCCUCGUCCGACACGGGGGGCGGUGGGUCGGGGCGGGCGAGCAAGCGUAUGCGGCUGCAGUACCAGCCCUUCCAGUCGCCGGGAGUGCUGCCUACAAUUGUGCUGCGCACCAGCUCUCCUAAGGCGCCCCAGCAGGAGGACAAGGUUGUGGUUUUCCAGAAGGGAGAGUUCCUGGCCGUGCGCAACGAGACCGGGAGCUUCUACGUGUGCCGCACUGCACAGAACGUCUACAAGAGCAGCAAGCGCUUCAAGAUCCAGUGGCUGAACAAUGACAGCGAGCCAGAUAUUUACGCUCCUGACUUUUACGAUAACACGGAUUUUGAGUGCGUGCUGACCAACCUGCGGAUGCGGCGUGUGGACAGGGGCCGCUACUUGUUGCCGGACGAGGAACGCAAGCGCACGCUCAAUAUCCUGCAGAGGGCCCUCAAUGUGGAGAAUGGUAUGGAUAUUCCAGAUCCUCGGCAACUAACCAUGGACGGAGUGGAUGUGUCCUUUGUGGGCAAGGAGGAAGAGGAAGAGCUAUCCGAAGCCUCGCCGCCGGCCACGAACUUCCGGGGUCGCCGCCGAACAAGCCAGAAAGAGGAUGUCGACAUGGAGGAGGACGAAGACUCAGAUUCUGAUACUGGAAGGCGCUCAAAAGGUGCCAAGGGUCGUCCUGUCGGCUCGCGUGUCAAGCUGAAAGGCAAAAAAGCAUCGAAACCUGCCUCAUCACCCAAGUGGAGCUCAAGUACUGCACCCGUCGAAGCCCUGAGGCCCAACCCCAAAGUGGCCCUUCUCGAAAAGGACCCCUACUUUGAGUCACCUAGCCCCGAACCAGUGUCGGUGUCCACAUUGGCAGACAGCAAGCUCCUCAUCCGUGCAGUGCUGCUCGGUGAUCACACAUUGUUGAAGAGCUUCUUGGCAGAUCAGGACCGCAUGUGCUCGUUGGGGCUGGUCCGCAGUGUGGAUGUGAGACUGAGUGCUCUAGACUACAGCGCGAUCCGAGAGGACUACCACUCCAUGCGCCUUCUCCUGGCUGCCACCCCAGAGCGGCUGGCUCCUCCCCCGACCAACAUCCUACUCUGCGAGAAAGGCCCCGACAGCUACAGAUGGUUGGCAGCCGAGCCUGGUGCCCCGUGGCGACUUCCUUUGAUCAGAACAGAGGUGGCUAAAAACGGAAACUCCGCUUUGCUUUUGGACAGUGACCAGUACGUGCGAGAGUACGGAAUCGAUCGGAAGCACGCCGUGCAGCUUGCCAUCAAGCAUGGCGUCUCGUUUCAGACUGUGGACCAGCUUCUUACUGGGCAGGAGCCGCCAGAGGAACUGUGGAGCCACAUCGUCGAAGCCCUUCGUCACGGUGAAAUCACCUUGGCGGGGUCAUUAGCGAUUCGAGCCGAAAAGCAUGGCUUGCCCCCACUGCACCCACUGUUUCGUCAGGUGCUGCUAAAUCGUCAGCAACCACUUUUGGAAUUCCAGCCAUCCGCAGUGCUACAGAAGACAUUGGGUCCGUAUGAGGUAACAGCCCUGCACUGCGCGGCGGUGAACCCCGAGCAUAGCUACCUGGCGCACCUACUGAGUAGCGUGCCGCAUCUCGAGGUCCAGGACGGACAGGGGUGGCAGCCCCUGCACUACGCUGCCGUGGCCACCUGCACUGCACCCCUGGAGCUUCUGCUUGCCAGAGGGACCUCCGUGCAUGCCAUCGACAAGAACGGAGACACUCCACUGCACAAAGCUGCUUGUGCAGGCCGUUCGAGCAACCUGGAAGUGCUUCUUCGCUUCGCUACAGGCGCCGAGAAAGGUGGUCCAUUCAGUGCCGUGGACAGACCGAACAACGAAGGCUGGACCCCUUUACAUCUGGCUGUGAAGAACGGUCACCUGGAAGCCGCUCAAGUGCUGAUGCGUUACAAGGCGGAACCAAACCGCGCCCGAGGUGCUCCGUACAGCCAGAUCAGCCCCCUGAUGUGCGCGGCGCAGCAAGGCAGCUGUGACAUGGUGCACGCUCUGGUUGAAGGCACUGGUCGAAGGCUGGACGAAGGCACUGUGGAACUCCUAGAUGAGUGUGGCCGCAGCGCACUGACCCAUGCCGUGUUGAAUGGCCAGACGGCCGUGUGUGCCAAGCUGUUGCGCCUCGGCUCCAAUCCUAACCGAGCCGACGUCGGGGGCAACACGCUGGUGCACUACGCAGCUGCUUACGGGUGGCUGAGUUGUCUGCGCCUGCUCGUCGAGGCUGGGGCUGCGCCUCACAAGCAAAACAGUUCCAAGGUCACACCGGUGCAAGUGGCCUUCCUCAAGGGUCACAUGGGCGUGGUGGACUACCUGCUGGACCAGCCUGGUGUGGAGCUCGGCGCUGACACCCCCGCGGACUCCGGCACCACCGGACGAACCCUGGCCAUGCGCGCGUUGCGUUCGCGGCUCAACGGCUCCAUCUACACCCGGCUGCAGUUUCUGCUCGAGCGGCAGGGCUCUGAUGCCAACAAAGUUGACCAGGAAGGAAACAAUGCCUUGCACCACCUUGUCCUGGCUGACAGCGAGUUCAGACAACGACAGAGCGUAGAGGAACUGGACUUGAAGCAACCAUCAUUAGACAUUGCUCACAUAGAAGCUAUGCAAGCUCGGCUGGAAAAGGAGCGUAAAGAGCAUGACCGUUGGUUGGAGCAGGCCACGUCGUUGCUCCUGGGCAGCGGCUGCAGUCCUACUGCUCUCAACAAGGAACAGCUGAGUCCGUUGUCUCUCGCUUUGCACAAGGGGAGCCUCCUGGUUGUGCAGCUGUUGGUCGAAGCCGGCAGCCAACCUGAACCGGCUGCACUGGAGGCCUCUCCAGACUUCCUGCGCCAGGUUGCCCUCUUCGCCAGGCAGAGGGACGUCCUGCCGCUGCUCAACGCCCUCCUCAAGCCUCCUCCCCCGACUCCCGAAGGAGUCAAGCUGGAGGAGGAGCCGCGAUCGCUCCGCGACAUCCUCCGCAUGCAGGCCAACUGGCACGACCGCGACGGCCUCACCCCGCUCCUGGUGGCCCUACGAACCCUCGGUGAGCUGCGCAACCCGACGGAAGAGCAGAGCGGCCGACUGCACGCGCUGCUGCGUUUUCUCCUGGAGGAGCUGGGGGCCGACGCGGCUGCGGCGGUGCGGGGGAUCCGGGGGGGCCCCUCUGCCCUGCACCUGGCGGCCCGCUGCCCCGGGGCGGCGGCCGUGGACCUCCUGCUCCAGCACAAGCCCCUGCUCGAACCACCGGACCAGGACGGCCUGACCCCCCUGGCACGAGCGGUGGCCAGUGGGAACAGCGCCGCUGUGCACUCCUUGGUUGCUGCCGGUGCCAGUGUCAAUGUGGACUUGCAUGAUGGUGGGCCAUACCCCGUAAGCCUCCUGGUCUAUGCUGCUAUGAACAAUCUCCCAGGUGAGCUCAUCCAACUCCUUCUGAAGCACAAGGCCAACCCGAGGGCCGUCAACCAUGCCUCCGGCAACAAUGCCCUUCAUUACUUGGUGUCGCACCGAAGCAACCCAGACCUCAUGGAUACCGUGCGUGCACUUUUGGACGCCGGGAUUGACGUCAACUCGACGAAUGCCAGGGGUCGCUCACCGCUGCACCUGGCAGCCAAUGCGCACACCGGCAUGGCUGAAUGCUCGACGGCCCUCGAAGAGCUGCUGCUGCAGAAAGGGGCACGGGCGGAUGCCAAAGACGGCCGAGGGCGUGUCCCGUUGCACUACGCUUUCGUCAAAAUUCACAGACACUGGGACAACUCUCCCUGUGACCCCGUGGAGCUGGCUACCUUGCUGCAGACGACUCAGGCACCCUUGCUAGAACUUCAGGACGAUUUUGGCAUGACACCGCUGCACUACGCUGCUAUCCGAGGGUCAUCCAUGUGCAUGCAUUCUUUCACCAAUAAGGUGAAGACUGUAGAUAUCAAGGACAAGGCUAACAACACACCCUUGGGCUUGGCGGUGCUCAACAACCACCCCACGUGUGCGCUGUUGCUGCUGCAGAAGGGUGCCCUCCCGACGUUAGACUUGGUGAUUCCGCGGAAUGAGCCGCCGCAGCCAGGCCUACGCUGGCUCUACGUCCAUAAGAAGAUCCGGGCCCCGCUGCAAAUUCCCAUCCUGCAGGAGCUUGUGAAGCGGUCGUGGCAAGGCAUCUUGCAGCACAUCAUUGAGCAUCUGGAGCUUGGUGGCAAGGGCCUGGCUCUCACUGUUGAGGCGGCCCUGAAGAGUUGUUCAUACGAGCUGGCUUUGAGGCUGAUUGCCAAGGUGAAGCAUGGCUGGACCCUGUACAGUGACAAGCAGACCAUGUUGCAUGUGCUUGCACGAGAGGCUCCUCGAGAUGCCCAGCUGGAAAUGCAGAUCAAGGUGGCGCAAGCUUUGAUGGACAAGGGAGUACCAGUGAUGGCACGGGACGAACACGGAUCUUCGGUGCUGACGUAUGCGGCCAUGAACUGGAACUACACCCUGUGCCAGUUUUUCCUGGACAAGAUGGGCAUGGUGGCGGCGGCAUGUGCUGACCAGGACCACUCUCUGAGGACCCCAUUCACGGCUGCCUUCUGGAAACUGCAGAGCGACCGCCUGCCAGAGGACAUGCAGUCGUGGUGCCUCUCUCUGCUCGAAGCUGGUGCCUCUGCGGACCUGCUGACCUGCUUCCCACUCCAGAACCUGGAGUUCCCAGGCACGACGUGCCUGACGGACGACACGCGUAUCCACACAGCAUCCCCAACGGCUGCCCGCCUGUCGCCCCUGAUCCUGGCCGUGUGCAAGCGCAACUACGCGGUCGUCAAGAUGCUGCUACGAGCGGGAGCCAACAUCAACUUCCGAGAUGGCCAGCAGCGCACAGCCCUCAUGUACGCCGUCAGACUGAAUGACAUCAAAAUGGCGAAACUGCUGCUCAAUGGCAGUUACGACCCUGACCGGGACACAGACCCUUACGGGGACGUGCGGCGCACGAGCUUCAAGAAGACAAGCCCGGUGGACCUGACGCACCAGGACAUGUACGGCUGGAACGUGAUGCACCACGUGGUGGCGCCGCUGGCCAACUACACCUUCUGCUGCCCCGCCAUGCUGCAACUGCUGGUGCAUGUGGGCACGCCACUGGAUGCACCCGACAGCAACGGAGUCACCCCGCUGCAGCUGGCGGCUGCACGUGGUGUCGCUACUAUCACGCAUGCUCUCCAGAGUGCCAUGCAGUUGCCUCACGACCAGGUGCCCAAGGUUGCCGUGCACGCUCUGCCAACUGCAAUGAACCCCAAGGAGAUUGACCAAGUUAAUUUUGCUUUUAAGUUCAUAGACGACUCAAAGGAGUUCCUGGAGAAGGUCUCUACUGAGGCAGCUUCUAACCAGAGGGACUCUCGGGAGGCGGUCCCUGACCCUUUUGCCAAUAUGGAUGACGGCACAUCUGGAAGGUGGACUUUUCCUACGGGUCUUGCUGGGGAGGUGGUCAUGGACAAGGCUCAGAAUGUGCCCUACGACGCGCUCCUCACCAUGGUGGAUUUGAGCUAUGGCCAGUUUGGUCUGUACAGUUUUUACAAGAUGCAGCUUAUUCAGCGAGGAGGACUCGUGGUGCUAUUCUGUCGCUGGGGCCGCGUUGGUGACUCCGGCCAGUGGUCCCGGUCGUGUUACUCUGCAGUCACUGAGGCAGCUCGCGAAUUUGCGCGUCUCUUCCGCUCAAAGACUGGCAACGCUUGGGAGGACCAGCAAAGCUUCAAGGCCCAGCCUCGCAAGUUCCGGGCCGUGCAGUGGGAGAAACGCAAGAGCCCUCCACCCAGCAAUAUUCCCAUCAGCCUCGGCGAUCCAUGCAAGUCGUUGCUUCCCCCGCCGCUGCAGGAUCUGAUGCGCAAACUGGCAAACCCCGAGAUGCUGGUGAGCACCCCGCUGCAGCUGGGUGCCCAGGGUCAGGUGGCGCUGGAGCUGCUCAGCGCAGAGUCCCUGUCCACCGCGCUGGCCCUGCUCGAGGACAUCCACCAGCUGGUGCGAGAGAAGGCCUCACUGCAGGCUUCCCUGGAGCGCUCGGCUGAGCAGCAGCAACAGGAGGGCAAGCUUCAAGAGCUGCUGUCCCGCCUCGUGGAAAAGAGCGAGGAGCUGUACUGCCUGGUGCCCGUUCGGGGCCGCCGCUUCGAGAGGCUCGAGCCUUUGUUCGAGGAGCGGGGCGUGUCGCGCCAUGCGGACCUGGUGCACAGCCUGGUGCACCUGCACCUGGCCCACCAGCUGCUCACUGGAGCUCAGCUCAGGGCACCUGAGGUGCACCCCCUGGACUACGUGUACCUCAGUCUGCACUGCAAGAUGUGUCUCCUGCAAGAAGACUGUGCCGAGGUCCAGACUAUGUUGCAAUACGUUCACAAUUCUUCUGAGAAGCCUCCCAAGAUACUGAGGAUGUUCCGAGUGACGCGCGACGGGGAGAACCAGCGCCUGGCCUCCUGCGGAGUGGACAACCAUUGGCUUUUGUGGCACGCCGUUCAGCCGUACAACCUGUUGAGCAUCCUGGCCAAUGGGCUCGAACCAAGGCUUCUGGUCGACCAUUGGAUGGGGGACCACCAGGCCAAGGGCAUCUGCUUGGCUGACCGCUUUGAACAAGCACGUUGGCUGUGCCAGUCAGGCUCUAUGGCCCCGGGUCCCAAGUACAUGUUGUUGUGCGAGGUUGCCCUGGGCCGGUGUCGGGACCUGGACCUCGGACCGUCUGGCAACACAGAGCCAGGUUCUCCUGGGAGUCACGAGAGCACCCGUGCCCUCGGUCGCUGGCAGCCACACAUCCUAGGCACAGUCACAUGGCAUAGUUCUACGGUGCCACUGGGUCCUAGCAACAAGGCCGAGCCCCAUCAAAGCCCGCUGAGUUACAAUGAGUAUGUAGUCUACAAGCCAGCACAGGUGUGCCUCCGCUACCUACUGGAGUUCGAGGACUGAUCAAGCGGCAAGAACAAGAAAGAGCCAGACCUUUUUAGAUCGGGGGUUGGGAGGGGUGGGGGGGAAACACUUUUCACUGGGGAGUGGUUCAAAGAGCCCAUCUCUUACCAUGGGAUUGAAAUUUUCUUCUCUCAUCGUCGUUCAUGGCCAUUGGGACGCAUACACUUCAUUGUGCGGGAAACGUCUAAGCGCGCGCACCUUUUAUUGAUUUUUUUUUCUUCCCCCUAUAUGUACAGUCCAAGGCCACGCUAAUUAGUUGGCUUUGGCAGCAAGAGAACUGCCUCUCAAUAAAAUGUCAGACAUAAGC